CCUGUCAAAUCCGAGGACAGCUGUGAAACAGUCAGCACCGCUUCACAUUUCACAUAGAAACAAGAUGUCUCAUUUCAUCCUCCAGUUCAGUCUUUGAGUACAUCAGGAGACCUGAAGAAAAAUCCCUUCCCAAAUACAACCGAAAAGCUUCAGCAUUAAGCAGAAUGGAUUUGUGUUAUCGGUCCAUCACUUCAAGUCCUUGCCAAUAACAAUUUACCUGUACACUGGCAGGCUUCAUUCAGCCUUUUGUUCUCUUCUCAGACCUUCAUACACUCCGCUGGUAAACCCCACCACUGCUCUUGCAGGCUGGGCACAAAGCUGGUUUGGCCUCGUGCCCUUCCAGCUGGGUGUGGUAUUGUGAGAUGGCGCGGCAGGAAGCAGUGGGUCGCUGCCGCUGUGGACUGUAAUGUCAGAGCCCAGCAGCCCCGGCGAGAGCCAGCGCGGCGCUCCCAGAUUCUUCGUGGGCUGCGCGGAGGAUGAGAGCGAGGGCCUGGACGACUACGCCAGCAUGAGGACAGACAUGGAGCUGUACGAAGACGACCUGGAGGAUGACUCGCCUCCAGAGCGUCAGAUCGUGAUGGGGAUUUGCUGUAUGAUGAAGAAAUCCAAGUCCAAACCCAUGACUCAGAUCUUGGAGCGUCUUUGCAAGUUUGAGUACAUAACAGUGGUCAUCUUUCCAGAGGAUGUCAUUCUAAAUGAACCGGUUGAGAAGUGGCCACUCUGCGACUGCCUGAUCUCAUUUCACUCCAAAGGUUUCCCCUUGGAUAAGGCAGUGAGUUAUGCAAAGCUCCGUAACCCGCUGCUUAUCAAUGAUCUUAACAUGCAGUAUUACAUACAGGACAGGAGAGAGGUUUAUCGUAUCCUGCAGGAGGAGGGGAUUGAUCUACCACGCUAUGCAGUGUUGAACCGUGACCCUGACAAGCCUGAUGAGUGUAACCUGAUUGAGGGAGAAGACCAAGUUGAAGUUAAUGGCGAAGUGUUUCUGAAACCUUUUGUAGAGAAACCAGUUUCUGCUGAGGACCAUAAUGUGUACAUCUACUACCCAACUUCUGCUGGAGGAGGCAGUCAGCGCCUCUUCAGAAAGAUUGGGAGCAGAAGUAGUGUUUACUCUCCAGAGAGCAGUGUGAGAAAAACUGGCUCCUACAUCUAUGAAGAGUUCAUGCCAACCGAUGGCACAGAUGUGAAGGUGUACACAGUAGGGCCAGAUUACGCUCACGCAGAGGCUCGUAAGUCUCCUGCUCUCGAUGGGAAAGUUGAGCGGGACAGUGAAGGAAAAGAAAUCCGCUACCCAGUUAUGCUCACUGCCAUGGAGAAGCUGGUGGCUCGUAAAGUUUGUCUGGCAUUCAAGCAAACAGUGUGUGGAUUCGACCUCCUCCGAGCCAAUGGCCACUCAUAUGUGUGUGAUGUCAAUGGAUUUAGCUUUGUGAAGAAUUCCAUGAAAUACUAUGACGACUGUGCUAAGAUACUAGGAAACAUUGUAAUGAGGGAGCUGGCUCCUCAGUUCCAGAUCCCCUGGUCCAUACCUACAGAGGCAGAGGACAUUCCUAUUGUUCCCACUACAUCUGGAACUAUGAUGGAGCUGCGUUGUGUUAUUGCUGUGAUCCGACAUGGAGAUCGCACACCAAAGCAGAAGAUGAAGAUGGAAGUGCGAAAUGCCAUGUUUUUUGAACUUUUUGAAAAAUACGGUGGGUAUAAAACGGGCAAGCUGAAGCUUAAAAAACCCAAACAACUGCAGGAAGUUCUGGACAUUACCAGGACACUUUUGGCAGAUAUAGGACAGCAUACUGACUAUGAAAUUGAAGAGAAGAAGUCCAAGCUUGAACAACUAAAGACAGUUCUGGAAAUGUAUGGCCAUUUCUCUGGAAUCAAUAGGAAAGUGCAGCUAACCUACCUUCCUCAUGGACAACCCAAAACAUCCAGUGAGGAGGAAGAUACCCGUAAGGAGGGCCCCUCUAUACUGCUGGUGCUGAAGUGGGGGGGAGAACUGACUCCAGCCGGCAGAGUUCAGGCUGAAGAACUCGGCAGGGCUUUUCGCUGCAUGUAUCCUGGAGGUCAAGGUGAUUACGCUGGCUUUCCAGGCUGCGGUUUGCUCAGGCUACAUAGCACCUACCGACAUGACCUCAAGAUCUAUGCCUCUGAUGAGGGCAGGGUGCAAAUGACUGCUGCUGCCUUUGCAAAGGGUCUCUUAGCGUUGGAAGGAGAACUGACACCCAUCUUGGUCCAGAUGGUGAAAAGUGCAAAUAUGAACGGUCUGCUGGAUAACGAUAUUGAAUCCCUUAGCGGCUGUCAGCAGAGGGUUAAAGCCAGACUUCAUGAGAUCAUGCAGAAAGAUGAAGUCUUCACAGAAGAAGACUAUGACAGGCUGGCCCCAACAUGCAGCAGCUCUCUGGUGAACUCUAUGAGGGCUGUCGAGAAUCCAGUGUGUAUAUGUGAUCAAGUCUACACCCUCGUCCAGAGCCUCACCUCACAGAUCCGCAAAAGACUCGAAGACCCCAAAUCAGCAGAUUUACAGCUGUACCACAGUGAGACACUGGAGAUGAUGCUGCAGCGCUGGUCUAAAUUGGAAAGGGAUUUCCGCAUGAAGAGUGGACGCUACGACAUCAGCAAGAUUCCUGACAUUUACGACUGCAUUAAAUAUGAUGUGCAGCACAACAGCUCCUUGGGCCUGGAGGAUACACUGGAGCUCUUCAAGCUGUCUCGAGCACUAGCCGACAUCGUCAUACCACAGGAGUACGGCAUUAAUAUAGUAGAGAAGCUGGAUAUUGCGUAUGCCUACUGUCUGCCUUUAGUGAAGAAAAUUCAGCUGGACCUUCAGAGGACACAUGAGGACGAGUCUGUAAACAAGCUGCACCCUCUAUAUUCACGUGGAGUGCUGUCACCAGGCAGGCAUGUUCGCACUCGGCUGUAUUUCACGAGUGAGAGCCAUGUCCACUCUCUUCUUAGCAUCUUCCGAUAUGGUGGCCUCUUGGAUGAGGAGAAGGAUGAGCAGUGGAAGAGAGCCAUGGAUUAUCUGAGUGCAGUGUCUGAACUCAACUACAUGACGCAGAUCGUCAUUAUGCUCUACGAAGACAACAACAAGGACCCGUCCUCUGAAGAGCGCUUCCAUGUGGAACUGCAUUUCAGCCCUGGGGUCAAAGUGUCUGAGGAGGAGAGCGCUCCGAUGGGCUUCGGCUUCCGACCAGCCUCUGCUGAAAAUGACCAGAAGCAAACAGAUCCUGGAAGUUUGGAGAACCUUUCACGGGAUGAGCCUGACCGUGCAUUACCCCUUUCAGAGGCCAUCAGCACCCAGAGGAAAUCCCCUUUGAUCCGGAAUCGCAAGACUGGCUCUAUGGAGGUCCUGUCAGAAAGCUCGUCCUCUAAAGGAGGCAGCUAUCGCCUCUUCCCCUCCUGUUCACGUCAGUCUCCAGAGAUGAAGCAGAGCGGAUUAGGCUCUCAGUGCGCUGGUCUCUUCAGCACCACCGUCCUGGGGGGCUCCUCUAGUGCCCCCAACCUUCAGGACUACGCUCGCACACAUCGCAAAAAAUUCUCCUCGGGCAGUUUGACCUAUAAAGACGGCACACAAGAUGACACUUCUACCAGGGUGAUUAAACUACCUCUAUGGUGGUCCUUCUCAGAACCUCUGGAAGAGCACCAGGUAGCCCAGCUGCUGAGGCGCUUUUCCAACGACCCCAAUAUUGGCCAUCCGUUCUGUUUGGACAGUGCUUUUGCCCACCACCUCCAUCAGUGCUCCUAUCAUCUCCGCCUGUUCCGCAACUGGUUAAUCUCUGGCCAGGACCCGCUAGAAUACAUCUACGGUUUUGAAGGCUGCUCCAUGGUGCCCUCCAUAUAUCCUCUCGAGACCCUUCACAACUCACUCUCACUGAAACAAGUAAAUGAGUUCCUGACGACCGUGUGUGAGAAUGCUGGAGAUUCCCACACCAGGACAACCAGAGCUCUUUCAGCCAUGUUUGACUCCCAGAACCAACCCACAGGGGAAUCUUACAUCCCACACAGAGUCCUGUCAUCUUCUGUUUCACUACGCCAGCGCUCUGAUCGACCACCCUGGUACAGCAGUGGUCCCUCCAGCACAGUAUCCAGCGCUGGACCCUCAUCUCCCACCACGGCUGACACCUCUCCGCGCUUCAGCUUCAGUGAGAAGAUCACCCUAACGCCUCAGAGCAGUGAAGAGAUCCACCAGGCCCCUCAAAACAACAACUGCCACAGUGUGUCUUUGACAUCCGAACCCAGCAUCCCCUCCGAGGACCCACACCGCUCCAUACCCUCUCCCAUCCAGGAGAGACCCAGUCAGAUAACAGCAGACGGCACAGACUCUGCAGGCCAGUGUCUGACAGAGAGCCCCUGCUGUGAUGAAGGGUCAAGUCCAACCUCCGCCGAGAUCAGUCCACCCAGCCCUCACCCAGAGUCCUUCUGCGGGCUGCCCGGCUCCCUUCCUGUUCUCCUGGAGCUCCGAGAAAGCAGUUCUGAGACUGGAUCCAGCGCCCAGACACCGCUCAGCCCAGAGGACCCUGAUGAGUUCUUUGACACGCAGGAAACGGUUGACAUUUGGAGGGAGAGCCCGGCGUCCCUUCCCCAUCCUGGAACUCCUCUGGAGGUGGGAGCUCCUAAUGUGCCUGAGCCUUGAAGGAAACAGUGCUCCCUUCACCCCAUCCCAGCAUGCUCUUGCUGUAGUGCCUCACACCUUCAUUUAGUCCCGUACAAGGGACUUGCCUACAUGUUUUAAAGGUAAAGUUCACCCACCUCACCAUGAGUUUCUGUUAAAGACAAAAGAAGAUAUUUUGAAGAAUGUGAGAACUCUUUGACAUCCAUAGUCGGAAAAAAAAUACUAUGGCAGUCAAUGGCUACCAUUCUUCCAAAUAUCCUUGUGAACAGAUGCAGGUUGAGUAAAUAAUGAACGAAUUGAUAUUUUGGGGUGAAAUAUCCCUUUAAGGUAAAUUGAGGUAAUGGAGGCCCUCACUUGGUGAAGAUGAGAAGCUUAAUAAAGUCUCCAUGGUUUAAUUGUGUAGCGUCAUUCAGAGAUGCUUCCUGUGUAAUGCGUCACUCUCGUUGAAUGGCCAGUGGUCGAACAUAAGCUGUUAGAUGCACUGAAGUAUUUUAUACGAGCACAUAUUAUCUUCCUCAUGUCCAAACGACUGCAAACGACUUUUUUUUUUCUUCAUUAGCUGGUCUGGAAGGGACCUGAUAUUUGAAUCAAAUAAAGGGACAUGAUAUUUGAUACUAGCUUAUGUUUUCUGAAAUACUCUUGAAUAUUGAACUUAGCUUAAGUAUAUUAAAGGGAUAGUUAAAGAAAAAUGUCAGAUUUAAUAAGUCCUGUUGUUUUAAAAUACUAAGAUUUUUGCUCAUCUUCUGAACACAGAUGAAUUUAGUGUGUUCUGAGAACUUUCUGUCUCUCAAUUGAAAGUAUGUUUCACUGAAUAGGUUAAACUUUUUUACGUCAACAUACACUAAAACAUAGGGCUCAAACUGGAUUCCUGGAGGGCCGCAGCUCUGCACAGUUGUGCUCCAACUCUAAUCAAACACAGCUUAUUCAACUAAUCAAGGUGUUCAAGACUGAUAGACACGACUAGAUCAGCUGUGUUUGAUUAGGGUUGGAGCAAAACUGUGCAGAGCUGCGGCCCUCCAGGAAUUGAGUUUGAGACCUAUGCUGUAAAACAUGCUCUGUUCCACACAAUCGAUUUAUGUUGGGACAGCAGGAAGGAAUUCAGUUAACUUAUUAGCUUUUACAAAUUUAAGUGGAUUAACAUAAAAUAGUUAUCACAAAUUAAUCUCAAGAAUUGUGUUGUUUCAGCUCAUUUUAAAUAAGUAGUUUAACGCAGAAAAUGUGGAUUUGGAUUGUAGAGCAAAUAAAAAUUGACAGCAAAUAACAGUACUCAAUGGUUCUUGCAGAAGAAUCUCAAACGGUAUUUGCGUAUCAAGCAAAUAUGUUUCAGCUACAAUAUUUUGAUCAAUCAGCAUUAAUAAACAAGGAAAGGCUAGGAUUAAACUCAACCCAGGCUCAUUCUGAUUAAAUACCCCUACUUAUAUUUCUGAAGUGCGUCAAAAAUGUCCCAGGAGGUUUGUUUUUUUUUGCAGUUUUUGUUUUUGCGAAUCCACCAGAAGGUGCCGUGUACGUUUUUUGAGAUCUCAAAAUUUUCUCGCGAGUGCCUUUCACGCCUGCUGUUCUCACGUAAAUCCACCAGAGGCUGAUGUCGACUGACUGAUUGACCAAUACACCCACCCACCCGCGUCCCUAAACACAACCAAUAGUGUUUUCAAAAGCACAGAUUCGCCCACUCACCCACUUCCCUAAACCCAACCGACAGUGUUUUGAAAAGCAAUCCAGAAAAAAAGCCCUCGCGGCAGCCUAACUUUUACCAUGUUUUCAGAUUUUACCACAUUCUCACAGUGUUAUUUACUUUUAUUUUAUCUUACCUGCUUUCUGGAACCGUUCAUAUGGAGGUAAGCGGUCAGCUGGUAGGCGUGAAAAGGAAUGGCGUCAUACCGCCCUGAAUCAUUCGUUUUAAGCCGCCUUUCCACCGCACACGACAUUCGGACACAACUGUCGGAAUACGCCCCCUUGUGGCAGUCUCACAGAAUAUUCUGUUUUGUCAUGCACCAUAGGAAGCUGAUUCUCGUGUUGGUGUCCGAAGUGCAAAAGCAAGAGCCUUUAUUCUCCAUGCGUUCACCAUGGUUGAAUAAAUGAAUGAAUGAAUACUAAAAACUCAUAGACUGUUAAAAAUUUUGGAGGGAAUGUGGAGACAACAUCAAAUCAUAUUUUUAGUUUAUGAUUUUUGUAUUUUUAGUUUGUUUAUAAAUAGAAAUGUUUUUUUAAAUAUAGACUUUUUCUGAUUCAAAAAAUAAUAAAAAAAUAUUUCUCAUCUCUCGCGCACGGACCUGCUUGAACAACACUGGAAACACGGCCGGUCGCAUACGGUCUAGUCGCAGGAGUUCAAAUAUUUUAACGGAUCCGCAUCUCAAAUCAGAUCGGAAUUUUCCACAUACAGAGAUAAUUGGAGCUUCACGCAGCUCCCGGACAACUCUCCAUUGGAAAUGAAUAACUUUCGGUCUGUCGAUGGUCAUUUGUCAUGCAGUGGAAAGACGGCUUUAAAGACAAAAUGCAGCCAUACAUUCUUCUUGCUACAUAAUUCUCUGACUACAUAAAUGUUUAUAGGGCUACGUUUACAGAAUGAGCCUAUGUUAAAUAAACUAGUUAACCAUAGAAAGUGAUAACCUCUUUUUAGAAGGCUUGAAAACCUGGAACAAUUUACUUCCAAUAAAGGGAUAGAAAUCCUUAAAACUUUCAUAAAAAUGUUUUGAAGAGAAACAAACAUAUUACGGUUUGGACUGAUAUGAGUUCAUUUUAUUUCAGAGAGAAUUAUUCCUUUAACAUUUCAUUACUAUUUGCCAAAGCUUGCUAUACCACUGUCAUAAUUUAUUAAAUCAUUAUAAAAUCCAGAAAUGUAGUCUAAAUAUAUAUGUAUUUAUUGACUAAUAUGCAGCUUACUUUUAACAACGAGACUGCAAAUAAGCAAGUCUCUUUUUUUUAUAUUUUAGUUUUUAUUUUUGUAAAACAUACAGUGCUGUCACAGAAAAAUAAGCAGUGGGCUUCAUUUCAAGUACAUUUCUCCUGCCUUUUACCACUCACAUUUUUGACAAUGAAGUACCCUUUUGUACUGUGACCCUCCUGUUUGAUCAAAUGAAGAGUGCGAUAAGAUUAUCAGACCACCAAACAUUUGGUCUCAUUUCUGAUUUAGUGUACAGUAAAAAGUUGCUGCUUUUCAGAAGGAUAGACUUUAAUGUUAUAUUGUUGAUCUAAAUCUGUUCAGGGGGAAAAACAAUUAUGUUAACCCUGAAGAGUUCCCGUUGUUUACUGAGCAUGCAGAAAGUGUGUGUGUGUGUAAAAGUAACCGACUCUGACUGAUGUAAGACCAGCUUGUUAAACCUCUAGAAUCUAGAGAUGAUCGUUUUACUUCCUCCCUCCAGCAGUGUCUGUGAAUUAUUCCACUCCGCUUGGAGUACAGUAAAGCACAUUCAACCCACUUGACAACUGUAAUCACUGACAUAAGCAUCUGCCUCUGAUGGAUUCAACUCAGAUUUGUUGUACUGUUGGUGCUGUAUGCUGUCUGUGCAGUAGUAUUAAAUGGCACUUUGAUUUACAGCGUUUUAAAUAAAAGUGGCAUUGUCUGCAGAAUAUGAUUGUCUUUUUGUGUGAACCUUGCAGGGUUCUGACUCGGUCAGUCCUGCGCUGUUAACACCCCUUUUUUAAAAUGAAACUUUUUAUCAAUUUCUCAGUGAAUAUAGCCAGAUGCAUUUAAACAAAACCGUUUUAUUUAUCAGUUAUAUCCAUUAAAAUAAGAGUUUGGUCACCUAACAUCUUCAGAAAUAGAAAGAUAAUACAUUUCAAUUCAAACAAGUUGUAGAAAAAAUAUAGUCAUCAAAUUUGGUUUAAUAUUUUUUUCCAACAUAUUAAUUUGGGUGUACUCAUUUUAAGUUUUUUUGUUUAAUUAGCUGCAGUUUUGGCUUUGGUACUGACUAAUCUAAUGUAUGCACGCAAAUAUAUUAUUGUGAAGUAUCCUAUAGAGAAUAUUAAUUCAAAAGAGAGGUCUGUGAGGGGUGUACUCGUAUAUGCUGAACACUGUGGCUGUUUCUCAAUAUGCGUUCUUUAGUGGUCUUGCGUCCUCGUGUCCUCGUGUAACGUCAUCAUCAGCUGCCAAAGUUCAAUUUCAAUACUCAAGACCACAAGAACGGAGGACACGUGAAACCUGCCGGAUGCAGACUUGAGCACCGAUCUCGCUCUAGAAGUCCCAGAAGUCAUUGCGACUGGAGGUGUGAAGCGCAGCAUUUUAUUUAGAUUUAUUAUUAAAGUUCAGAGAUAUUACUUAUUUACCUCAGGAGUUUCCCUAAAUGAAACAGUAAAAGUAAACAAACACAUUAAAUGUGUUUGUUUGCUGAAAUUCUUAUUAAAAUCUGUUUUAUUUAUAUUGUGCAAUGUAUAUUUAUAAUGUUUUUAUGCAGAGUAUAUAUUUUGAAAGGGGAAAAACAAUAAAUCGUUGUAUGAAUGUUGUAAUGUUUAAAUUUUCCAUUAAAAAUCGUGUGAAGGUCACGUGACCAUCAGGAAGAACGUAGCAUCUCAUUUCCUCAAAAGGACGCGUUCUCUGUUCUCGUGGUCUCCCGAGUUCGGUCUUUCAAGGACACCUGGCAAGACCGGUCUCCACAAGAACAUAAGUCCGUUCUUGGCGUCCUUGUAAUUGAGAAACAGCCUGUAUCUGUGGAUUGUGAUUGUAAAUUCUGGUAUUUUCUAUGACUUUAUAUUUGGAUUACAAUAAAUUGUAUGUUUCACAUUUUUA